AUGGGUGCUGCUAAGAAGAAGAAGAAGAAGAAGAAGAAGAAGAAGAAGAAGAAGAAGAAGAAGAAGAAGAAGAAGAAGAAGAAGAAGAAGAAGAAUAAGAAGAAGAAGAAGAAGAAGAAGAAUAAGAAGAAGAAGAAGAAGAAGAAGAAGAAGAAGAAGAAGAAGAAGAAGAAGAAGAAGAAGAAGAAGAAGAAGAAGAAGAAGAAGAAGAAGAAGAAGAAGAAGAAGAAGAAGAAGAAGAAGAAGAAGAAGAAGAAGAAGAAGAAGAAGAAGAAGAAGAAGAAGAAGAAGAAGAAGAAGAAGAAGAAGAAGAAGAAGAAGAAGAAGAAGAAGAAGAAGAAGAAGAAGAAGAAGAAGAAGAAGAAGAAGAAGAAGAAGAAGAAGAAGAAGAAGAAGAAGAAGAAGAAGAAGAAGAAGAAGAAGAAGACGAAGAAGAAGAAGAAGAAGAAGAAGAAGAAGAAGAAGAAGAAGAAGAAGAAGAAGAAGAAGAAGAAGAAGAAGAAGAAGAAGAAGAAGAAGAAGAAGAAGAAGAAGAAGAAGAAGAAGAAGAAGAAGAAGGUGCCAAACAAGGACGGCAUCGUGGUCAACAAGGCGCUCAGCAGCAACGAUGACUACGCGGAGGUGGCAGGCCCGAUUCCUUCAUUCCCUGAGAAGGCGAAGCUGAAAGACCCCACCCCAACUCCCAUCCACCUUCCCCUCGCAGUAAGGACAACCAAGGUCGGCCAACGGUUAUCGGCUGGUGAGUGUUAA